GUCAUAAGGUUACGGAUACGAUGCGCAAGGGAGUCCUUGAUCUCUCUGUUUAUAACAACAGCGAGCUCGAACUCAUGUAUGGACAGAUUUCUAUCCUUACUGGUUGCGGUGCAUGGAUGUUGCUUGCGACAUUUUUCAAACUACCGGUAUCGACGACUCACUCCAUCGUCGGCGCUACUAUCGGUUUUUCCCUUAUGCUAAGGGGUACAACAGGGAUUCGCUGGCAUAAGAUCUCGCGCAUCUGUGAGUUUAUUAUGGGUGAAAUUGUAAUUGCAGUCGCAUCAUGGAUUGUGUCUCCGCUUCUCUCCGGUAUAGUCUCUGUGGUAUUUUUCAUCCUUAUCGACCAUUUUGUCCUCAGA